GGUACACCGGGGCGCCGGCGCCGACGCGCUCGGAGUAGUUGCCCUUCCUUAGUAGGCGAUGCACUCUACCUACAGGAAACUGCAAGCCUGCCCUCGAAGAGCGAGUCUUAGCCUUAGCACGAGUUUUGCCUCCCUGCUUACCGCGUCCAGACAUAUUGACCUAGUGGAUAAGAACAAAAUGAAAGGGAAAAAGCCUUUACGCUGAAGUCAUCCUUUUAUACAUAACCUAAGGCUUCAGCAGAAAGACACUCUAUUGGUCAAAACUUGCUUAGGUGUUGGUCCAAUAAAAACUGAGACUGUAAAUCCUUGAUUUGCAUAAACCUUUCCAUUGAGAUUGUCUGUCGUCCAAUCAGAAAGGAUAAGUAUUAAACCCUCAUUUAAAUUACAGGACUAUAAAUAGACAAAAACAGCACACUGCCUUUGUCCCCUUGACUUUUAUUAUUGUGUAAUCUGUGUUCUUUUUUUUCGGGAAACUAUGCCUGAGCCUUCGAAAUCUGCUUCGGCUCCCAAGAAAGGCUCUAAAAAGGCCAUUACUAAAGCGCAGAAGAAGGACGGCAAGAAGCGCAAGCGCAGCCGCAAGGAGAGCUACUCGGUGUACGUGUACAAGGUGCUGAAGCAGGUCCACCCGGACACCGGCAUCUCGUCCAAGGCCAUGGGCAUCAUGAACUCGUUCGUGAACGACAUCUUCGAGCGCAUCGCGGGCGAGGCGUCUCGCCUGGCGCACUACAACAAGCGCUCGACCAUCACGUCGCGGGAGAUCCAGACGGCCGUGCGCCUGCUGCUGCCCGGGGAGCUGGCCAAGCACGCCGUGUCCGAGGGCACCAAGGCCGUCACCAAGUACACCAGCUCCAAGUAA